AUGUCUGUCACUUAUAAUUCCGUUACGCCUGAAGCCUUUAACAAAAUUCUUGUCAAUUACAUCGAAAAACGCUCCAAGAAGAGACAGGCCAAAGCCUUUAUAACGCAGGAAAUGUAUGAUCAAGCCAUUCUAAUACUGCUAAAUCCUAACAAUAUUAGAUUGGCUGACAAGAAGUAUCGACACUGGGUCCGUACAACGUUUGAAUUAAGAGAAAGCGAAGAUGGACAUGGUCACGUACUCUAUAAAAAAUCAAAAGGACGUAAUGCAAGACCAGCACGUCCUGUCUGUCCAAAAGAACGAUUGUUCGAGGUACUCACUGACAUUCAUGACAAACUGCAACACCCCGGGAUGACUGUCUUUUGGAAUGCUAUUGCCUCAAAAUAUGCUUACAUUACGCAAGACUUGGUGGAAAACUUUAUCAGUUACUGUUCUGUGUGUAAUGCUCAUAGACGUAUGGACAGAUUCUCCACGAGACCUAUUAUAAAAACAAAAUUCUUAACGAGAGUCCAAGUUGAUAUUUUACAGAUGUCUCACAAAGAUGAAGACUUUCAAUACGUCUGUCUAGCAAAAGAUUAUUAUACGCAGUGGUUAUGGACAGCCCCACUAAAGAUCAAAAACUCUCAAGAGGUAGCAAGAGCUCUUCAUAACAUGUUUAUUGUAUUCGGUGCACCAUUGAUUCUUCAGUCAAGCAAUGGAAAAAGUUUUACAGUAAAUGUUAUUCAGAAACUAAUGAAGAUGUGGCCACAAUCUAAGAUUAUUCAUGGAAAGUCGUGCCUCCAAUCACCAGAAAUUGUGGAGAAAGCUAAUGAUAUUUUUAAGAAGAGUCUUGUAGAAUGGAUGGAGUCAAAUAAAACUCUCAAAUGGAGCAAUGGACUUUCGACAGUAACUUAUACGAUAAACACUUCGGUUUCUCGGGUGACAAAUACGACACCUUAUGAACUGGUGUUUAGCCAAAAGGUGUGUACGGACCUGAAUUUAGUAAAACAACUUCAAGAUACCGAUGUACAUGAGGAGCACGAGUUAGACAUGGAUUUCGCUGCACCAUCAUAUUAUGGCGUCAGUAACUUUUUAUGUAAUACUACGGAAGAGACAACUUUUAAACAAGAACAUUCUGAACCAACUAUUAAGCAGGAAGAAGAAACUGACGAAGGAUUUGCGAGUCAAACAACUACACAAACGUACAAAAUACAACGUCUUAACACCAAUAAUUAUCGCGAUUCCAAUAAUGUAAUGACUGAUGACCAACAGAACAAUCAGCAAACAACUCCUGCACAGGCCUUGGAGCCUACAAAACCAAUGUCAAUUAAAGACUUUUGGGAAAAGGCAAAAAACAUGACUGAAGAAAAUUGGGAAAAUGUAAAGGAAUUGCUAUCCUCAAGUGAAGAUAUAUUGGCUACGGAAAAAUCAACUGACAAGUUGAAAAACAUUUAA